AAGGGUGGGAAAUAAAAAUUUCCCAUCGAUUUAUAAACCAUAAAACCUAAGCAUCUUUGUAGUGAAAGUAAAAGGUUGAACACAAAAAAUUAAGAAUGGCAACCUUAGAAAACAAGCUUCAAGAAGCAGCAAUGAAGGGCAACGUAGAGAAGAUGCUAGAAUUGCUCCAACAAGCCCUUCGACUUCUCGACACACUCGUUCCCGAUCCAUCGACUCACGGCCACACUGAAUUCCCUGACCGGAUUCUUCAACAAAAGCCUCAGCUGGCUCGAGUGUUGGAUUCUAAGGGAUCAUGUCCUCUUCACUUAGCAGCUGCGGAGGGCCAUGUCGAAAUUGUGAGGCUUUUGCUGCAAGUCGACUCUCAUGCGUGCUUGUUUCGCAAUGCAGAUGGCUGGAACCCUCUUCAACUUGCCGCUGUGAAUGGCCAUGUCGAUGUCUUGAAAGAGCUUGUCCGUGCUAGGCCAGAUGCUGCUCGAGCCCGAACCGUCAUCGACCAUGGGGGAAAUGCCUUGCAUUUAUGUGUCAAGAACAACCAGUUGGAAGCUUUGAAGGUGCUGGUUGUUCAUGCUGUAGAUUAUGGUUUCCUUAAUGACAAGGAUGAUUUUGGAUGCUCUAUACUCCAGUUAGCUGUCUCUUACAAACAGACCGAGACAAUAAAAUUUCUGGUGAACACAAAUGGAAUGGAACUUAACGACUUGUUCCAAAGCAACAAAGAAGAAAAUGACUCGACCAUAGCAGAGGUAACCGGCGCCAUAGCAACCUCACCGCCCACCAGCCAUUCUGAUAGCAAAAAUAGCUGGAGCAGGCAGCAGGUGAUGAGCCAGAGAGAGGCACUAAUGGUGGUGGCGUCGGUGGUGGCGACAAUGGCGUUUCAGGCUGCGAUCAACCCUCCCAAUGGCGUAUGGAAGGAUGCCGAGAAAUCGACGAUACAUCCUUAUCGAUUCGCCGCCUUCGUUUCUUCCAUCACUUUCAGUUUUGUGUUCUCCAUUAUUGAACUCUUUUUGCUGAUUAGUGACUAUCCCUCUACCAUGCCCCUUUUGUUAAGUUUUCUUUGGCUUGCAAAGAUCUUGUCCAUUGGAGGCAUGACUGUGGCUUAUGGUAUAGCAAUUUUGUGUUUGUCUUAAUUAACCAUCAUUAAUUAUUAUUACUAUUGUAUUGCCUAAAUAUAUGUUGGGUGAUGACGGUUGAACUUGAAUUUGGUACCAACGGUGGAUUUGUAAUAUUGGAAAGAAAACUGAAUGAUUAUCUUGCAAAAUACAAUAAGGUCUAACACAAGUGUGGUGCUUAGGCACUAAAGAUUCGACAAUAAAGUCAAUAACAAUUUGAGAGAGUUAAUAGAGAAAAGAACUCAUAAUAUUUUUGAAUAUGUACCUCAAAUGUUACAAGUUCUACACAAUAAUAAAGUAGUAAAUUGACCGUUUUCACUAGUCUCAUCCUCCCAAGAACUACAUCACAAAUAAUGUCUAAGUCAAUUCUCAAAAGGAGAGAGCAAAUCGACUCACCCUUUAUGGCUUAUAACAUUUGAUGUAUUGAAAAAUAUUUUGAAGUCUUUACUUUAUCAACUCUCUAAAAUUAUUAUUGACUUGAUCGUUGAAGUGUCAGUCACUAAGCAUUAUAGUGGUGUUAACUUAUUUUUUGCAAGACAAUCAUUUGCCUUGAGAAUGCUGACUGGAGUAUGCUUCCAAAGAGUAAGUUGAAUACAGUGAAGAUAUCUACCUUAUCCUUAUAACUUAAGGGGACACACUACCCACUCGAUUGGAAAAGACUCAUCAAUUUUUUUUCCCAUAUUACAAAUCAAGGUGGUACCAAAUUUAGGUAUCAACAAAGAUUGUGUUAAAUGUGUAAUUUGUAAUUUCCAUUUAGUUCUUUGAGACUUUUAAUGUGACUUUUUGGAAUA